CAGUCAUCAAAACCGCGUGGUCGUUGAACGGAAUGGAGUACGGUAAAUCCUUGUCCGCUCUUGCGCUUUUUAUGUGGAUUAUAUUCGUUGUGAUAUCACAAAAUGAAGGAAAAGUCGACGAAGCUCAUCCUUUUACUAAUCAUCGAGUUACUGCUGAAGAAAUUAAAUCCUACCUGACUGCCAUCAUGUCCCAAAAUGAUUCAUUCUGGUCUUGUCCUGCACCCAGACUACCUCUGUUGGACGAGGACUGCAAACUACCAACAUGCAAAAAUAACGAGGACUGUCCUUCCAAAAACCAAAGUUGUUGCUUCAAUGGUUGUAUUUUCACUUGUGUCGAAAGUUUGACACCACCUCCAGUUAUUGACUGGGACAACGAAGUUGAAGCUCCGCCACUUAGGCGGGAAGGUGAAGCAGUUUUACGUUGUACCACAUCUCCAAGGCCAGCACCUUCUGAACCAUUGGGAUGUCCCAAAGGAUAUGUUUGUAAAAUCGAGGAUUACGGGGAUCCGUUAGAAAGGCGAUAUAAUUCUGGCAUCUGCGUUCCUGAUUCCGGCGCUGUAGGAGAACCAGAAACCGAAUCGUUGGAUGGAUCAGGCCUAAAAGAGAAAACCCGAAAGCAAACAGUCUAUCUACCUGGUGGCUGCAUUUUGAGUGAAAAACAGUACGAAGACAUGAAAGAAUUUAUGACUCGCUCGUACGUUGAUGAUUGCUUGUGCAUUGAAGGAUCUAUAGAAUGUAAAGUGCAGCCAUGAAAAAUAGGAACCAUUCAUUCAGGAAAGUUUGAUAAAGUACUGUGAUAAGCAUGUAGACCUCGCCAUGAAGUUUCACAAAUACAAUGAACACACUGUGCUCAGUGAGCUCAGAUCAGUGAUAGAAAUCUGUAAUAUUUCAUGUCAGUCAUCAUAAUUAAAAUUGUUCGCUGGAGGAUUAAAAGAGUAGUACAUCACAGUAUGAAUUUCAGAAUUCUGAAAAGAAUGAGCAAAUCAUUUCCAUUUUUAUAUCGAUCAUAAACUAAACACAGUUAUGCAUUUUUAAAACUGUAAAUUCCUUAUUUUAUUUCUUCCAUUACUGUUUAUGAUUUUCAUGUGAUGUUUUAUAUUGUUAGCAAUGUUUUUUUCCUAAUGCCAACAUCAUUAGAAUGAUCAAAAUGAUCACCAUUAGAAUGAUGAAAUGAUUUCACAAAUUUAAAACCUGUUAUGAAAACAUAUUAUGAUUAAAGAAUGAUGAUAUAUCGAAAAAAUAAUUCGAUAUAAGCAUUUCAAUGAUUUCAUUGAUAUCAAAACAACUCAAUUUAAAUUUAUAUCUCCUCUACCUUAUAAAAAUGUCUUUAAUCCGAGUAGACAAUUGUCUCCUAAUUAGAUAGUAAAGAAAAUAGAUCAAUUAAGUAGUUAAAAUCACUUAUUUUUAAAGCAUUAUUCAUUGUACAGUGCUUUUGACUCGAAAAUUGUAGCAUUUUUUCAUCUAUAUUUGCAGAUUAACAAUAAUACUAAAUUUUACUCAUAUUGUGUUGUAUUUAAGAGGUCAGUUAUACCCAUACUUUUAUAUAUUCAUUAUACAGAAUAUAAUAUUACUUCAAUGCUUUUUAUU